AUAUUUCUCCCAUCAGUGGGCAGCAUCCACGCAACACACGGUAAAUGCUAGACAAGUAAAACUCGUCCAUUUAUUAAGACUGCCCGAGUCCUAACGCGUUUCCCCUAUCAGUGGGCAGCAUCUACGCAACCGAGAAGGAGAAAUUUAGACAGACAGCUCAAACAGACGGCUGUGGAGAAAGGGGAUCUCAAUCCAGCCAUGGAAGAUGCAUAUCUGUUUGACGAGCAGCGGCUGUGGAAAUGUCCGAAACACCCGCUCAAGCAUCGCCAUGGCGUCUGCCCUAACUGCCUUCGCGAUCGCCUCCUCCUACUCUGUCCUGAUUGCGCCAAUCCUCGUCCAUGCGGGUGCCUUCCAUCCUCUUCUUCCUCCUUCUCCUCCAUCUCCUCAAUGGACCCCCCGAGAUCCAGCUUUGGUGCCUUUGGUCGCAUCGGAAACCUGAUCGACGGCGAGCCAGCCUUCCGACGUUCUAGAUCCGCCGCAUUUGUUUUUCUAAGACCUAGAUCGGAUGUGGCCGAUGAAGAAGUGAGGCGAAGAGUACGGCGUUGGGCUCCCUUCUGGCAUUUCUGGAAAGCUGCUAUCCGGGGAAAGAAGGAGGUAGAGGCGCCGGAAAGGUUUCUAAGAUCGAGAUCGGUGGCUGUGACGAAUUCGAAGUUUGGCGGUGUCCGGGAGGAGAAGGCAGGGCUAAGGGAUGGAAUUGGCCCUUUCCAAGCCCAACUAAGGUUUUUCGACACCGCAAAUCGGCUAAUGUAGUUCAGGAGCGAUCCUUUUUCUACAGGAUACAACACGGAUUAGGAGUGGAGCAAACUAGAUAAGAAAUGGAGCAAAGUGGAUGUAACUUGGAGCUAUGGAGGACACUGAAGACCAGAUUUCUCCGGCGUUGAAUUUCUCCGGCACAUAAGAGCUAGUCCCAAGCUAGGAACCCGAGAGACUGGCGCUUAAACGCCAGCCAGUGGGCGUCAAGGCACCACUACCCCAGCGCUUUGGCGCCAGAUUUUUGUGCACCUAGGCGCCCCAACCAAAACUGGCAGACAAAGAGUAUGGCGCCUAGGCGAGGCACCUAAGCGCCAUUAGCUGUCUCGAUAGUUUUUCAACAGUUUCACUACACAAUGUGGGGGUUAUUCACCCCGAUAAAUGAGUUAUUUGGUGAAGAAGAUGUGGUCUUUGGUCAGUCCUUUGGUAAAGGAGAAGUAGGGUUUGUUGUAGGAGAAUAUAGGAUAGGAUUUCUUGAGUGAGGAAUUUGACUUGAAUUAUAAGAAGAGUGUUCAGAUUAGCAGCAAGACAGAAGGAAAUCCUUGAGGAGCAUU